CAACGCUAAAGCUUUCCUUGGGAACCCAAAAGAGAUAAGGAGCACGUCCUUGGCUAUUCCGUAUUACAUCGAAUCGCCAUCCAAUUUUCCCAUAAUAGGGGGUUCGUGGAAGAGAUAGCAGGAUUUCUACUCAAUGGUCAUGCAGUACAGAUCAAGUAAAGUACAUAAAGGACGUCGUGCCGAGUCCUUGUCGAGUCAUUGAGCAAUCAUUGCUGUGUCGUAAACCAUGGUCAAGUGUGUUGCAACGUUGAUUUACUGCGCAUUCGCAGUAAAUAUCUUGGCUUACGUGACCAAUGGCGAUCCCGUGCGGCUAUGUCGAAAAAGACGAUUCCCUUACUACAUCGCUGAUUCGGAUCAGUGUGACCUAUUUUACAAAUGUAAGGAUGGGCAAAUAACUGAAGAACUUUGUCCAGACGGACAGGUCUAUGAGCCUGAAAGCCAGGCCUGUUUCAUGAUUCAAAGGGUUAAAUGCGGCAGGAGGAAGCGCUUACAAUCCGCACAAGGAAACGCCCUUUGCCCAAGACUAUACGGAAGAUUUCCCAUCGAAAAUGAAUGCUUUGCUUAUAGUGAAUGUGAACAAGGCACACCCACCAAAGUAAACUGCCCGCCAGGUUUAAUUUUCGACAUUGACCAAGCUGUUUGCGAGUUUCCCGAUAUGGCUAAUCGUACCGAAUGCUCAGCUGAAAAGAUCUUGGACUUCACAUGCCCCCACGGAUCUAAUGUUCAAUCAGACGAAGUUGUACUGCAAUUUGGCGAUCACGAACGCUUUCCAAAAAAGGGAGAUUGUCGACAUUUCUUCAUGUGCUUGAAGAGUGGUCGACCUCGAUUAGGAGGAUGUCCACUUGGUACAAUCUACAACCCUGCUACUUUCUUUUGUGAUAAACCCGAAAACGUCCCAGAAUGCGAAAAUGUGUAGGCCCAACAAGAACUGAACGGGACAAAUUUUUACAAGUUCAUCGUUUUCCAUAUCCAACGCGCAAUUAUGAAAUCUCGUUUCUCGGAAUAGCUAUUACAAC